AUUCUUCUCAGUUACUGACCUGUGUUUUGUCUCCAUUAUGUCAAUUCUCUACCUAAACACUCUCAAAUUCUUAUUCCAUUACUGUACACUUCAACAUACAGAUCUUCACAGAAGAUAGCAGAUUGGAGCACGUUUUCACCUGUCUCUUUCCCUAGGGAACUAUCACCAAGUUCAUGCGCAAUACUUUUGAAAUCACAAGUAAAUAUUUUUACCUUUCAAAAAACAAUUAACUGUUCCUUUCAAUUCCUAGUGUUGCACACUAUAGAAAGUUGUGUUUAUAUAUAUAAUAACAACCCGACCAAAAGAUUCUUUUUUCUUUCUAUAAACACUUUGAUAAACAAAAAUUCCAUUUUUCUACCUCUGACCAGUGCCCUUUCUAUAUAUGCAUAAAAAAAUCUGACAACAAACCAGCCACAGCUUUAACCAGUUUGAUUCUGAACUACUGUGUUCCUUCUCUUCUUCUCUCGUUUUCUUCUGCUCAACUUCCUUUAUGUCCAUGGCAUCAACAUCCACACCAAGGUCAUGUUCAGAACUAACUAUCACAGUUGAACACAAUCCUUCCAAAUCACGAUUAGCCGAGCUGGGUAUAAAUUCGUGGCCCAAAUGGGGUUGUCCUCCUGGGAAGUAUAUGCUCAAAUUCGACGCUCAAGAGACGUGUUAUUUUCUGAGAGGGAAAGUGAAGGUUUAUCCAAAAGGUUCGUCUGAGUCAGUCAAAUUUGGUGUGGGGGACCUUGUCACCAUACCCAAGGGACUUAGUUGCACAUGGGAGGUAUCCGUUGCAGUGGACAAACAUUACAAGUUCGAGUCUUCUUCCACCCCUACAUCUUCCUCGAAAUGUAUCAGUGAUAUCUGAAUGUUAUAUAUUUUAUUGUUUAUCGUGCUUAAUAUUCACUAGGAAAAGAAUUUUUAAUAAAGGGUUAGGGAGGGGUAGUAGAACUUGAAACGAAUAUAUAUUAGGGUUAUAUAUUAUAGCUUAUAAUAUAAAUGUUUGUUUCUAAUUCAAUGUUUGAAGUUGUCUUUGCUUCUGUAUAUGACUGAAAAAUGUAUAGCUUAUCUAGGAAAGAAAGGAAGGAACAUGCAUUUACAUCA